AUGCCGGAGUGUUGGAUUAUGCCAGCAGAGAUCCAAGAUCCAAAAGCCCCUAACAAAUGUACACCAAAUGUGCCUGUAGACAUCGCUGCGUUAACUGCAUUAGGUGUUUCCUAUCGACACUUGGAUCUAUCGGAUCUACUUAAGAAUGCAGAGAAGUUAGAAACUCCCAUCUUGGCAUUAAAGAAGGAAUUGGGUUAUGUUGGUCAUGAUAUUGUGUGUAUAUCCCCAGAUAAACACCUUGGCGGCCCCACUGCAUUUGAAGAUCAAUUAAAAAUCUUCUUUACUGAACACAUACAUGAAGAUGAUGAAGUUCGACUUAUUCUCUAUGGAGCCGGUUACUUUGAUGUGCGAAAUACGGAUAAUGCGUGGGUGCGUAUUUAUGUAAAGCCGGGUGAUUUUCUUCUCUUGCCCGCUGGUAUUGCCCAUCGCUUUACGGUGGACCACACACAACACACAGAGGCCCUGCGGUUGUUUAAAGAAAACCCAAAGUGGUUGGCCAUCACACCGCCAUUUGACAAUAACCCCGCACGGCAGGAAUAUCUACAGUUUCUCAAUAAACACAAGUAA